AUGGUUCUCCAGUGCGUUGAGUUGGACUUGGCGAGCCAAUCGUUGCCGAAAUGCUCCUUGAGCUUGGGAAUCCAUCCAGAGGCCACCAGGAAAAAUUGGCAGUCCAUCCUCGCCAAUGUCGCGCGAAGUCUCCUCCCUGGUGGUGUGUGCGUCUUUGCCACAUACUUCGACAUCGAGGCGGGGCAGGUCCAGCGGAUAGCUGCCUCGGCGGGGCUGGCGCUUCAGCUCUUUGAGAACCCCUACUACAAGGGCAAAGCCAUCCAGAGUGGAGCGCCCUCUUUGCGCUUUCUGCUGGUGGGCCGCUGUUUGGCUGCGGCUGGCUGUGGCACAGCGCGUGUCACAGAAGGCAGAAACCCGCAAGAGACCCGCUUCGACCUUCGCGGCAAAGGAGACUACAAUCAGAUGCGCGAGCGCCAAGGCCCCCCAUGGACGGCAAAGGUUGUGGCAGAGGGCCGGGUGAAGACCUUCAACUCAAAGCACGGCUUUGGCUUUAUCGACUGCCCGGCAGCCAACGACAAGUUUGGCCGGGAUGUUUUCAUCCACAAGGCGCAGUUGGGCGACGUCCCCGUCGGCGCCGACAUCACCUUCGAAGUUAGGACAAACAAGGACGGCCACCCCCAAGCCAAGGACGUCCAAAACAUGGACGGUUCGAAACCUGGUCCCUACCCGGAAGACGGGGAAGAGACGGGGCACCAGGACAUGAAUGGCGAGGGCGGCGGCGGCAAAGGCAAGUCGAAGAAGGGCGGCGACAAGGGCAAAGGCGGAGGCGGCAAAGGAGGCGGCGGCAAGAAAGGCGGAGGAGGUGGCUUCGGCAAGGGCGGCGGCAAAGAUGGUGGGAAAGGCGGCGGGAAAGGUGGCAAAGGUGGUGGAGGCGGAAAAGGAAAAAAGGGAGGAGGAAAAGGCAAAGGCAAAUGA